AUCCUCUGGUAAUUCAACCAGUCGAAAAUUGCACUUGCAACAGAAAGAGCUGAGAAGAUGGUCGUCAAAAUCGCCCUUGUCUUAGCUUUGGCUACUCUUGCCGUGAACGGUUUGGCCGAUCCCGGCGGAAGACGAUACAGCAAUGGCGGGUCCUUCAAGGGAAGAUCUUCCAGAGGGUAUUCCAGCCGUGGAUCAUCAGGUGGUUACUCAGGCGGAUCCUCAAAAGGCUACUCAAGCAGCGGCGGUGGAUUUGGUGGAGGUUCUUCAGGAGGAGGAUACGUCGCCCAAUCGUCAAGCUACAGCCACCCUUCAAGCAGUUAUUCCAAAGGUGGAUCCAGCUAUGGAGGCGGUUCAUCCGGUGGAUUUAGCAAAGGGGGUGGUUCCAGUUAUGGCGGCGGUUCAUCCGGUGGGUUUGGGGGUGGUUCCUCCAAGGGAGGUAGCUCUGGCUACUCAUCCGGUGGAUCUGGUCAUGGAGGCAGUUCCAGCUAUGGCGGCGGUUCAUCCGGUGGAUUCAGCAAAGGGGGUGGUUCCAGUUAUGGCGGCGGCUCAUCCGGUGGGUUUGGGGGUGGUUCCUCCAAGGGAGGUAGCUCUGGCUACUCAUCCGGUGGAUCUGGUCAUGGAGGCAGUUCCAGCUAUGGUGGUGGUUCAUCCGGUGGAUUUAGCAAAGGAGGUGGCUCCACCUACGGUGGAUUUGGCGGUGGUUCCUCCAAGGGAGGUAGCUCUGGUUACUCCUCUGGUGGAUCUGGUCAUGGGGGUGGUUCUAGCUAUGGUAGCUCAUCCGGUGGAUUUAGCAAGGGAGGUGGAUCCAGCUAUGGUGGUUCAUCCAAGGGAUUUGGUGGUGGAUCUAGCUAUGGAGGUGGCUCUUCCAAGGGUGGAAGCUAUGGCGGUGGACACUCAUGGUCUGGAUAAACUGGCAAUGGCUAUCUUUCUUACAACUCUGAUACUUAGUGUAAAUCUCAUGAAACUGCCAAAUUUACGUUCCGUGCAUUUGAUAACCCUUUCUGAAGCAAUAAACAAAUUUGACCCUGUCA